AUGAGAUAUAGGUCAACAUGCAUCGUUCUUUAUUAAUGAUUCUUGAAAAGAAUUUAAAAUAAUCAUGCGUAGUGUUUUGAUAUUCCUAAUUAAAAGAUAGAUAUGAUGCCACAAUGGGAAUAAAUAAAUAAAAGAACUUUGUAGGAAAAGAGUAUAAACUAAACUAAAAUGAGAGGAAAGGGAUGAAGGCAACAGCACAUAAUGAGAGGUGAGUAUGGGCUCGCAAACUCUUAUGUUUCUUUUCCCUUACCAAAUAUUAAUAUCUAUUGUUUCUUACCAAACAAACCACAUAAAUAUAAUAUAUUACCGUUAUAAAAAUUAAAGUAUAAUAUAUCUUUGCUUCUAUGUGUGGUCCCUUCCUCUCUCUAUAUAGACACUGAAACAUAUGUUCUCCACUCAAAACAUUUUUUUUGUCUCCAACAAAAACCACUGAAUACACUCAAGAACAGAUAUAUAUCUCCUUCCAAGUUUUUCUUUAAAAAAAAUAUCGGCCAUGGAAGCAAACCAACAAGACGCUUCAAUGGCAUUAGUUCCCAUAGAGAGCUUCUCUUACAGUUGGUUAGUUAACUUUCCUUCUUUAGAAGCUUCCAUUGAUGAUUAUCAUCAAACCUACGAAGAUUCUUCUUCUUCUUCCUUCAUCGAGAUGGACCCAAGAUUGCCUCCUUCUAGAAGAUUUUUCAUCAACAAAGCCCAUGAAAGUAGCUUCAAGUUCGAUACCUUUGUCUCUUUUGCCGACGAAGAUAACUCUUUAGUUCACGCCGACGAGCUUUUCCGUGACGGCUACGUCAUGCCUUAUCUAUCAAAAGCCACGUCAGCAACUACCGAGAAAGAAUAUGAGCCGGUGGACACGAAAACAGAGAAGAGGAAGAUGAAGACACGUGACAUUCAGAGCAAGUCUCCUUGUAGAACGUUGAGGAGAGUCUCAAAGUGCGUUUUGUUAAGGUAUCUUGAUUUUUUGACGCCAUUGUGUAAAAGAUUAAGGAGAUGUAGAUCCGCUGGAUCAUCCGGAGGUACCGGUUUCGACGCUAGGAUCCGUUUAACGACGUUGUCUAGAAGCAGAGUGUAUUCUGAGGAAACGACGUCGUCUCCAAGAGUAAGUGUUGCAGAUGAUUGUUAUUGGAGAAGGUCUUGUGACUCGGAGAGCUCCAUUUACGAAGCCGUUCUUCAUUGCAAGAAAUCUUUCGAGAAAUAAGAGUCAAGAAUCCAUUGAGAAUGGGCAGGUAGAAGUAGAGGUGGAGAAUAUUAAGAUUGAGAAGAAUAAGCAAAUUGCAUUAACACGUUACACAUGGAGUGGGAGAGAGCAACUUGUGAUGUGUCUUUUUGUUGUUUCUCUUUCUUGAAUUAAAGAGAUUGAUGUGGUGAUCCAUGUGAAUGUGUCAAUCUGAUGUGGAUCAAGAAUGUCUUUUUUUACAUGAGUGGGCACAUAUAUAGCCUUAUAGGUUAUAUGGGCAGCUAGCAGAAUCAAGAAAAUAUUUUCAGAUUUUCUUGGCUGUUUUUCUACAUAUAUGUAAGUUAAAUAGAUUCUUUUUAUAUAUGUAAUCCUAUGUGCCUACCCAUGUUUUUUACUUUCUGGUCCAAUUGUGUUUGAAUAUUCUUACUUUUUGUGUAAAUUUUGUCUUUUCUUGUCUCUGAGGUCAUACGGUAUGUCAUCAUAUAUUUGCAUGA